GCACAAUAUUUUAUUAUUUAUUAAAUAUAAUAAGACCAGACUUAGAAGGCAUUGGAUUUGGAAGAAUGCCAAUUUUUCCUGAAAAACAAUUGUUUAUAGCAUUAUACGUACUUGGAACUCCAGACUCGUAUAGAUCAGUAACUGCCAAGUUUGAUGUGGGUAAUGCUACAGCUUGGCGUGCAGUGCAUCAUAUAGUGAGUGCUAUCUGCAAAUAUAGAAACUAUUUUAUUCGUUGGCCAUCACAAAAUGAAGCAAUUGCUACAUUCAAUAGAAUUGAAGCAAGAUAUGGAUUUCCAAAAGUAAUAGGAGCCGUUGAUGGUACACACAUUCAAAUUCCAGCUCCAAAAAGGGAUGCUCAAAGUUAUAUAAACCGUAAGAGUGUGCAUUCAAUGCAGUUACAAGUAAGUUUAUAAUAAUUU